AUGUGGCCUAUCUUCUUCUAUGUUGCCGCUCUUCUGGUUGUAUCCCAUACAGCCGCUUCACCGGCCUCGUCCCUGGUUUCUUCGGCAGGACAGUGCGAAAUCAUUCCGGGAUGGCACUUACAAUCCGAACGCCGGCUUUCGGGCGAUAUGUCUAGCCUCUCUCUGCCAGGAGUUGACGUCUCCUCAUGGUAUCGAGUCGGUUCCCGCGGGACGGUGAUGGCUGGCCUUGUAGAGAACAACGUCUACAACGAGACGACGCUCUUUUUCUCAGACAACUUCAAGACGGUUCCUGACUCCGAAUUCCGCGAUGUUUCCUGGAUAUACAGAGAGCAGUUCAAACUACAGCCCCGGGGUGGGGAGCAUUUUACCCUUCAGACGCAUGGAAUAACUUCCAAGGGCGACAUAUACAUGAACGGGUAUAGAGUCGCGUCCAAGGACGUCCAGGCUGGCUCUUACGGCGGCCACGAGUACGAUGUGACCGAAUAUGUUCGACAGGGCGACAACUGUAUCCUGGUUAAAGCUUAUCCUACCAACUACCUGCGAGAUUUGGCCAUCGGCUUUGUCGACUGGAACCCUUACCCGCCAGAUAACGGCACCGGUGUUUGGCGUAAUGUUGAAUUCUCACAGACUGGCCCCGUCCGGCUUUCUACUCCCCGCAUUACCACCGAUUUCGCCCCUGGGGUAAAGAUGAGCAGCGUCAAGGUAUCAGUCAAAACGGACGUCCACAAUAUUGGCAAGGAGUCCGUCAAGGGCGACAUUAGGGGGACGGUCGGCGAAGAUGGCGAUAGCCGACGACAGCAUUCCAUUUCUGCAUCUUUCGACCUUAAACCCGGUGAAUGGAAGACGAUAACCAUGGAUAUCAACCCUAAAAAUCCAAAAAUAUGGUGGCCUGCUACGUGGGGCGACCAACCGCUGUAUACUGCACAAAUAUCGGCAUUUGUAGGCAAAUAUACCUCUGAUGGACCGAAGAAACGCAGGUUCGGAAUCAGGCAUAUUCACUCUCGAGUAAACUCCCGUGAUGCUAUCGAGUUUGAGGUUAAUGGAAAACCGUUUUUCGUUAUGGGCGCAGGCUAUACCUCUGAUAUCUUCCUACGAUUCGAAACUGGACGGAUCACUACCAUCUUUCAAUACAUACUUGACAUGGGUAUGAAUACGGUCCGUCUCGAGGGGAAGCAAGAACACCCAGAGCUGUAUGAAAUUGCUGAUCGCAUGGGGCUCAUGGUUAUAAGCGGAUGGGAAUGCUGUGACCACUGGGAGGGAUGGACAUACAACAAGGAUGGAUUUGGAGAGCUCUGGAAGGACGAGGACUAUCCAACUGCAGCCUCUAGCAUGCUCCAUGAAGCUGAGAUGAUGCAAAGCCAUCCUAGCAUGCUAGCCUUCCUGGUAGGUUCUGAUUACUGGCCUAACGAUAACGCAACUCAGAUUUACGUUGACGCUCUUAAACGUAUGGAUUGGAACGCUGCCAUCGUCUCCUCGGCCGCAAAACGGGGGUUUCCCAAGCUUAUUGGCCCUUCUGGUAUGAAAAUGGAUGGGCCGUAUGACUGGGUUCCGCCAUCCUACUGGUACGGUGAUAAGCUUGGAGCUGCCGGUGCAGGGGGAUUCGGCUCGGAACUCGGUGCUGGUGUAGGGACCCCAGAGAUCCGCAGCAUGAAGAGGUUUCUGUCUGAGGAAGACAUGAAAGACCUGUGGACCAAGCCUGAUAAAGCUCUAUAUCACAUGUCUGCUGGUGUGUCCCAAUUCCGCGAUCGUUCAAUUUAUAACAAAGCCCUGUACAGCCGGUAUGGCAAGCCGGAGAGCUUGGAGGACUACUCCUUGAAGUCUCAGCUUAUGGAUUACGAGGCGACUCGGAGUCAAUAUGAGGCGUAUUCAGCCUAUCAGAGUAAUGAGAAUUCAACUACUGGCCUGAUCUACUGGAUGCUGAAUCCGGCCUGGCCCAAUCUACACUGGGCACUAUUUGACUACUAUCUGAAGCCCAUAGCUGCUUACUUUGGAACGAAGACCGGAGCGCGUAUAGAACAUGUCGCAUUCGAUUACCGACAGCAGGCAGUCUACCUUAUUAACCAUUCUCUUUCGCAGAGCGGCGCCCGCAGUGUUACCGUAGACCUCGUCGACAGAGACGGCAAACCACUAGGUCGCGCCGUUAUCAAGACGACCACAUCAUCCCUCCUAUCCAAGAAACUAUCCAAAAUCCCUGACCUAGAUCAAAUCGCAGACGUCGUUUUCCUCCGCCUGCUGCUCAAAGAUGCAUCGGGUAAAGUAUUGAGUCGAAACAUCUACUGGCUUCCCCACAGGGAUGACGUACUUGACUGGGAUGCCUCGACCUGGUAUCAUACACCAGUGAAGGAGUUUGCGGAUUUCAAGUCAUUAAGCAAGCUACGCAAGGCAGAUGUCCAGGUAGAUAUUACCGCACAUGGACGUGACGUAUCGCUCGGUAGGACGACGGCACGCAUCGUUCUGCGCAAUAAAUCUAGCCACCCGGCUUUCUUUAUACGGCUGAGUCUGCUAGAUAAGGCGAUUAAUGAUGAGGUUACGCCGGUAUUCUGGGAGGAUAAUUAUGUCACGUUAUGGCCGAACGAGAAGCUGGAGCUGGUUGUUAGUUAUGGAGGUAAUGGUAGGGUUGAACUAGAAGUUUCGGGGUAUAAUGUGGAAAAGAAGAUAAUUCAACCAUGA